AUGUCUCUCGCCGAUCUCUCACUCCACCACACCCUCACCCAGCUCGACCGCCUCCUCCUCAGACCCAGCCCGAUGAAGAGCGAAGAGCUCUCGCCCAGGACCAGCCAGCCAUCCGGCUCGCACCCGCAGCCCGAGAAGCCGCCGCCGGAGAAGCCGCAGGCCGAGGAAGACUCGCUGGAGAGCCGGAUCCAGCCGUACAUGGCCAUCCGGCUCGUCGAGCAGAUCAAGAACACCCACCCGCCCGGCGGCUUCCUCAACCCCUUCUCGGCCUCCGACCCUGCCCCGACCGCCGCCAGCAAGCAGCCCAUCCUGGCCUCCCCGCACCCGCACCGCCCGCCCACGCCGGCGCCCACCAGGCCGAACAUCGGCCUGACCAUCAACUCGAGCUUCCCGCCCCAGGAGCUCGCCAUCUCCACCGGCCAGCCCAACCCGGAGAUCCUCUACACCGCCGAGCCCCCCCCGCACGUCCUCCCCAUCACCCUCUUCCCCUCCGCCAUGCUCUUCGCCCCCGGGAACAGGGUCGCCGUCGACGGCUUCAUCAGCUACGCCACCAAGGCCGGCCGCAUCCGCGUCAUCGACCAGAACAGCGGCGCUCGCAUGCUCCUCCGCAAGCACGACGGCCCGGUCAUCGACAUGUGCAUCGGCAGACCCCGCCCCGCCGUCGGCGACCUCUCCCAUCCGACCACCACCACCACCACCACCACCACCACCAUCAACAACAACAGCAGCAGCAGCAGUCGUAAGUGGCGCUGGAUAGCCAGCGCAGGCUCCGACGGCAGACUCGUGCUCUGGAAAGUCCCGGUCCGGUUCGACGAGGACUCGGCGAGCUACGAGGUGCUGGCCGAGGUCUGCGCCGUCGACUCCCAUCUGCUCCGCGGCCCGGAGAAGGACCUCCCGCUCGCCCCCCGCCCCGCCCGCUUCGUCGCCCUCAGCGCCCAUCCGCUCGACCCCUCCAUCUUCCUCCUCUCCACCAACGACCACAGACUCAUCCUCGUCAGACUCGACCGCGGCGCUUUCGCCCCCGCCUGGAAACGCGGAACCCCCCUCCCCAAAGCGCUCUCCGAACUCGAGGCCUUCGAGGGCCAGGACGUCCUGCGCACCAGCUCCGACGUGGCCGCCUUUGCAUUCAGUCCGGAUGGGUCGGCGUUCGCGUUUGUGACCGAAGACAAGAUCCUGACGGUCCGCCAGACCUCGAAGCCGCACUGGACGAUCAUGGGCGGCCAGCUGCCGGCGAGUCCGGGCGGGAUCAGCCGGCUCGAGUUCCUGGCGAGGGCCGGGGGGCCGAUCAAGGGCUUCCUGAUCACCAAGCGCUCCGGCACCCGAGUCGAGGCCGUCCAGCUCAGCGAGAUCUCCGAGGUGGUCAUCGGCAUCUCCCUCCAUCCCCCCGAAUCGCCCGCGGCCCAGGCGCUGCCCUGCUUCGGCCACUCCGCCUGGCAGCCCCAGUACAGCACCAUCCUGCUCUCUAACUCCCUCCGCGGCUCCAUCUUCACCUUCCAUCUCAACUUCUGCGACCCCGUCGACGACGAGCCCGGCCUCCUCCCCGACCUCCCUCCCAUCACCACCACCACCACCACCACCACCACCACCACCACAAAAGCAAGCCGGCUGGGAACGAGCUCGGUGGACGACGACGCCAGCUACAUCGAGCGCGUCGCCGCCUCCCGACAAUCGCCGGACAUGCAACGCAGUCGCUCGAACUCCUGGAUCGCCGCUCGGACGAUGUUCGUCGACCAGAUCUCCGAGCUCCCCUCGCCCGACCCGAUCAUCUCCUUCGUCCUCGACCAAGGCUCCCGCCCCCCGCCCGGGCCCUCCUCCUCGCCCGUCUCCGUCUUCAACCUCCAUCCCAAAGGCAUCCACCAGCUCUACCUCCCCAAAGACCUCCUCGACUUCCAUCCCUCCAAAAACUGCCUCCCCGAUACCCCCGCCGCUCACUCCGCCGCCCCGCCCUUCUUAGGCCCUGAGCCGGAGGCGGUGGUCAGGAAGACGCAGAUGAAAGAGAUCGUGGACGAGCUCGGCCGGACGAUCUCGGCGCAACUGGAGCAGACGGUGGCAGAGAUGCGCCGGACGCAGCAGGCCGAGGCGGCGGGGCGGGAGAAGGUGGUGGCCGAGCUGGUCGAGGAGGUGCGCCAGUUGAGGGCGGAGAGAGGGGCGGAGCAGGGCCAGUUUGAGCGCGUGCUCGACGCGCUUCAUCUGCUCGGAGAGCGGGUGGAGGCGAUGGGCGAGAGAGGGCCGGCCGUCCCUGUCGCCGCUCCGCCCUCGUCGUCCCCCGCACGAGGGCCGCCGGAAGCGGGCCCGAGGCCCGAAACGCCGGACUACGAGGAGCUAUCGCGGCUCUCCCAGCCCGUCCUGCUCACCCUCGCCCACCACCUCUGCCAAGACUUGCUCCCCGAUCCCGCCGCGCCCCAGCCCGCCCCGCUCGGCGUCUUCGGGCUCGCCCGGCUGCGCUGGACAUGGGCCGCCCUCGCCGCCCUCGACGAGCUCGUCCGUCCCUUCUCUCUCUCCCCUCCCUCUUGUGUGUUGUGGGUCGUGCACGACAAGGUGCUCCGGUUCAGGGCCGGAAGGGUCCCCGGCGCUUAG